ACACACGCUCUUCUCGGCUUCUCGCACAUUCCUAGACUCUUUCCUUCUCGUAGACCCCUCACUUUUUCAUUCCCAUUUUACCCUUAUCUCUCUUCAUCACAUUUUUAGUUUCCUUCUGGAACUUCCGAUCUGUUGUGUCUCUCAUCUCUCUCCAUCUCAUUCUUAUCAUUCCGUAUUUGUGAGAACCUUCUAGAACUCCUAGACAAGAGAACACUCUCUCUCUCUCUCUCUCACGUAUGAGAUCCGUACGGAAUCCUUCUGUAUUGGGGCAAUCUCGUUGUUUGGUUGGUGAAAACUGAACAGAUUGCGUUAAGACAGAAAAUUAUUAUCAUUUAUCAGCGUCUAGUUUUGUCUCCGUAGUUCGGAUCUAAUGAUUCGAAGCUUCUCCAAGCAACCAAAUUAAAAAGGUUUCAGGUCUUUGUGGGUGUGUGGAUCUAACUAAAACUCAUGCCGGGGGAACAAAUCGGAGAGGCUGGUGGCGGUUGUAGCGCCGGUAAUAGUGGAGGAAGCAGUGGCGGCGGAGGCGGUGGAGGAGGAGAAUCGCAGAGGUCAAUACCGACGCCGUUUUUAACGAAAACGUACCAGCUCGUGGAUGAUCCGGUUCACGACGAAUUGAUUUCGUGGAACGAGGACGGUUCAACAUUCAUCGUAUGGAAAGCAGCCGAGUUCGCGAGAGAUCUUCUCCCCAAAUACUUCAAACACAACAACUUCUCCAGCUUCGUCCGUCAGCUCAACACUUACGGGUUUCGAAAAGUGGUUCCGGACCGUUGGGAGUUCUCUAACGAUUGUUUCCGGAGAGGUGAGAAGAUUCUGCUGAGAGAUAUUCAACGCCGGAAAAUCUCUCAGCAGGCGGCGGCUGCGGCUGCAGCCGCUGUUCCUGUGUUAGCUCACGUUGUUUCACCGUCUAACUCUGGAGAAGAACAGGUGAUUUCUUCCAACUCCUCUCCUGCGGGCACAGGAGGAGGAGGAGGAGGAUCUGUUGGUGUGGCUUUGCAGAGGACGAUGACGAGCUGCACCACUGCGCCGGAGCUGAUGGAAGAGAACGAGCGGUUGAGGAAGGAGAAUGUUCAGUUGAGUCAAGAGCUGACAAAGCUUAAAGGGUUGUAUUCGAAUAUCUACAAGCUGAUGUCGAACUUCACGUCGGGUGAAGAGGAGUGUGCGAAACCGUUGGAUCUGAUGCCGGGGAGAGACGAGAUUGGUGAAGCCGUGGAGACACUGAUUGGUUUGAAGGUUGGUGAGGAUUUGACUCCGAGGUUGUUUGGGGUUUCUAUUGGGGUGAAGCGAGCUAGAAGAGACGAAGAGUUGGGUGGUGCUGCUGUGGAAGAGGAUGAUGAGAGACGAGAAGCGGGUAACCAAGAGGAAGAAGAACAAGGUUCCGAUUCUAAGUCAGAGCCAAUGGAGGAGAAUAACCAUGGUGACCACGAUGGGCCAUGGCUUGAACUUGGAAAAUGAGAAAGUGUCACUAUAUGUUUGGUCAUAAGAGCAAAGGCUGUGAACGUUUGGAGGUGUGUAGUGGGUUCCAAUACACAUAUCCUACUACCAACGUGAGGUGUUCCUGAUGUUGCUUCUUGAAUCUUCUUGUUGAUGGAACUGAAAAUAUUCAGGCCCACCUGGUGGAGGUGCUUGGCAAGAUAUCAGAUAACACAUGGAGAUUCGAAGUUGGAUCUUCAUAGUCUGCAGAAAAACAGCACAAAGCAAUGUUCUUUUUAGUUCUAGUUCUUUGACGUUAUAGGCUCAUGGUGUUUUGUUUGUAGCUCUACUUGUAUGAUAAUGAUGAUGAAUUUUUUUAGUUCUAGAUUAGAAGAUGGUUCAAAUUCUUUUCUGUUAUAAUCUUAUGGUGUUCUAUUUUGUUA